CACCAUGUCUGGCUAUAAUCGGCUCGGUAAGUCUCCUUGCCUCUGUUCGGAGCUUAUAGCAUUACGACAACUGCAUAGCCCACCCCCGCGCGUACCUCCCUCGCUUGACCCCAGAUAUCAUUACCCCCAUUCCCAGCCGAGGCCUGACCACGGUUCGCGCUCGUCACCGCCGCAGUAUAUUCCUUCGCUCGACAUCACUAGUCUACUCGUUACACACGUUUGCGCGCUAUCAACAAACACUAAUCACAGAGGUGUGCAGGCUCAGCCGGGGACGACCACUAUUCUCCAGGCAUGGACCCACGACGACCAGGCCGCUCGCCCUCUCCAGGGCAUCCUCUACAGAGCUACCAGCUCGACGAUAGAUAUGGCUCGCAGCCCGGCCCUCUCGAAAUCCCAAUGGGGCCAGGGCCGGGGCCCGGCACACCAGGCGACAGACUGCAAUUACAACCCAGCUAUUCGGUAGAAAACAUUCCCUACGGGCCCAACGACUACCACGACGACUACAAUCCGCAUCCCCAGCGCCACGGCAGCGAUUACUCCCUCGACCCGCAGGCGCAUCACGAUGCAUACUUCAACCAGCCCUACAAUCCCUCGUCGCACGACGAGAGCCCGCAUGGCUACGGCACCCAGCCCGAUCACUAUUGGCAAGAUGAUGAUGACAGGCGGCCGAUGAUACCGGGCGCAAACUCAUACGGCCCAGAUCCGCAUGAGGCUGACCCGGGGAAUCUGCAUCCAGAGAACCCCUUCCACGACGAGCCGCAGCCGACGCCCAGUCCAGCACCCAUAAAGCGAUGGAAGACGGUCAAGGAGGUGCAGCUAUUCAAGGGGAACUUGGUGCUCGAUUGCCCGAUUCCCCCGCGGCUACUCAACCAGGUCCCGCAUGCACAGCCCCCAGAGCGUGACGAGUUCACGCAUAUGCGAUACUCAGCCGCCACGUGCGAUCCCGCAGAGUUCGAUGCAGAGCGCUUCACCCUGCGCCAGCAGCUGUUCGCUAAGCCCAGGCAUACCGAGCUGUUUAUCGUCAUUACCAUGUAUAACGAGGAGGACGAGCUGUUUGCGCGGACAAUGAUUGGUGUUAUCAAGAACAUUGAGUUCAUGAACUCCCGGACAAACAGCAAGACGUGGGGCAAGGACGCGUGGAAGAAGAUCGUAGUGUGUGUCGUCAGCGACGGACGUGCUAAGAUCAACCCGAGAACGCGAGCCGUCCUGGCCGCGCUUGGUGUGUAUCAGGACGGCAUUGCCAAGCAGCAGGUCAAUGGCAAGGAUGUGACUGCUCAUAUCUACGAGUACACCACCCAGAUGACCCUAGACAUCAAGAAGGGCGUUGUGGGUGUUAAGAAAGGCAACACCCCUGUCCAGAUGCUCUUCUGCCUGAAGGAAAAGAACCAGAAGAAGAUCAAUUCCCAUCGAUGGUUCUUCCAAGCUUUCGGCUCCGUCCUCGACCCGAAUAUUUGCGUCCUGAUCGAUGCCGGAACCAAGCCCGGAAAGGACUCCAUUUAUCAGCUCUGGAAGGCUUUCGACCUCGAACCCAUGUGCGCGGGUGCUUGCGGUGAGAUCAAGGCCAUGUUGGUCCACGGAAAGAAGCUCCUGAAUCCGCUCGUGGCAACGCAGAAUUUCGAGUAUAAGAUGAGCAAUAUCCUAGAUAAGCCUUUGGAAUCCGCUUUCGGUUUCAUUACCGUGCUUCCCGGAGCCUUCUCCGCCUACCGUUAUGUUGCUCUCCAGAACGACAAGACCGGACAAGGGCCUUUAGAGAAAUACUUCGCUGGUGAGAAGAUGCACGGUGCCAAUGCUGGUAUCUUCACAGCCAACAUGUACCUCGCUGAAGAUCGUAUUCUUUGCUUCGAACUGGUCUCCAAGCGGAAUUGCCACUGGAUUCUACAGUACGUCAAGUCUGCCAACGGCGAGACUGAUGUGCCUGUAGAAAUGGCCGAUUUCAUUGGCCAGCGACGACGAUGGCUCAAUGGUUCUUUCUUUGCCGCAGUAUACGCCUUGGCUCACUCGUUCGACAUCUUCCGAAGCGACCACUCUUUCAUACGGAAGAUGAUGUUCCUUGUCGAAUUCACGUACCAGACCAUCAGCAUGCUCUUCGCUUGGUUUGCUCUUGGCAACUUCUUCCUGGUCUUCCGCAUCCUGACCGCUUCGCUCGCUACCGAAAUUGGCACAGCUGGAAAGGUGUUGUUCAUCGUCUUCGAAUGGCUCUACAUCGGUGUCCUGAUUACCUGCUUCAUACUGUCGCUCGGUAAUCGUCCUAAGGGAUCUAAUAAGUGGUACAUGAGCAUGGUGUAUUUCUGGUGCCUCAUUAUGGGCUAUCUCAUGUUUGCGUCCAUCUACAUCACGGUCCGCUCAGUGCAAGAGCAAAUCGCCAAGAACAACGGCUUCAGCGUCUCCGACAUCUUCAAGGACAAGAUCUUCUUCACCUUGAUCGUGUCUUUGGCGUCGACAUACGCGAUGUGGCUCAUCGUCUCCAUCCUCUUCCUGGAUCCCUGGCAUAUGUUCACUUCAUUCAUUCAGUACCUCCUCAUGACGCCUACGUACAUCAACAUUCUCAAUGUGUACGCCUUCUGCAAUACACACGACAUCACCUGGGGUACAAAGGGAGAUGACAAGCCUGAGAAAUUGCCUUCCGUCACCACAAAAGCCGACGGCAAAGCGGACAUUCAGGCGCCCACCGACGACGCAGACCUUAACACGCAAUACGAAACCGAACUCCGCGCUUUCAGUACGAAGUGGAAAGAGGAGAAGCAGAAAAUCUCGCCUCAGGACAAACAGGAAGACUACUACAAAGGUUUCCGGUCCGGUGUCGUACUCUUCUGGAUGUUCUGCAAUCUGGGCCUUUGCGCCCUCGUCUUGCAGACUGGUGGGUUGGAGGUCACUGUCAGCGACCCAGAUGAGCAAGCCCAGAAGAAGAACGAGGCGGCGACAAUCUACCUGGCGGUUGUGCUUUGGAGUGUAGCUGGCUUGAGCGCGUUUAGGUUUAUUGGAGCUAUGUGGUUCUUGGUUGUCAGGAUGUUCCGCGGUGUUUAAACCGCUUCCGUACAAUGUUCACUGCGAUCUGGCGCAUAGGGUUGGGCACGUCCGUCCGGUCUGUACGGGUACAGGACCUUUUGGAUCGGCUUGAAGGUUUGUAUGUUGCAUCUGUUUGGACACAAAGAGUUCCAUGAUGGUCAUGUCUGUGGGCUUGAUGGUUUUCAGACGAGUUUCAUGACUUGAUACCAGUAUUAUUAGGACCACGAUGUCCUACGUUUGCAUGAGUAUUAGGUACUUUAAUUGUCUUCAGCCUUCUCUCGUGCUACUUCUUCUUUAACAAGGUCUACUCAUCAGCGGAUUUCCAUUGACUUCCUCUACUCCGUCUUGCAUUUCGCAUUCUUCAAAGCUUAUCU